AUGGUUUCUUUCACUCACGUUUACACCUUUGGGCUUUUGUUUGCCACUGCCACCAUUGUCUCAGGAAACCCUGAAAAAUUUAUGGUGUCGUUUGGGAACUUCAAAGAUCUUAAACCUGAAACAAUCGCACUCGCAAAGCGGUGGGAAAAUGCUUUUAACGAAGAAAGAGCUAGCGUGCCAUGGAAAGCAACUGGAUAUACUAUCUGGGAUAAGGAGGAAGAGGGCAAGUGGUGGGGAUGGAUUUCCAGCAUUCCCAACCACAAACAUAAUUACUCCGCCGCAGCCGCGCGGUUAAACCUUUUGGGGUUUGAAGAAUCAACGACCUAUUGGGGCGCUAAACGGUGGGUGCCUAAAGAGGAUGUUUCCCCUCCCGUAUAA